GUCUGAACUCUGAACCAUGUCAAAUUAUUGCCCUAAAGAGUUCUUCAAGAUAGUGCAAAAUCAUGAACUGCAUAACGGAGAGCUUAGGCUUCCCAAGAAAUUUGUGAAGAAUCAUUGGAAAGAAAUAUCAAAUCCAGUAGUCCUUAAACUCCCAAAUAAUGAUCGACAUAAAAUAUCUUGGGUGAAGCGCGACGGUGAUAUUUGGCUUCAAAAGAAUUGGGAAAAUAUUGCAAAGUUUCUUAAACUAGGCUUUGUUGUAGUUUUUAAAUACAAAGGAAGAUCAUAUUUUAAGGUUAAGAUAUUUGGUCUCAAUACAUUGGAAAUUGAUUAUUCCAAUAUAACAAAGUUCAUAGAUGAAAGUUGUGAAGUUAUUGUUGAUGAUAGUGAUGAUGAUGAUAGUGUUGGUCAAAUGAAUGGUGUUGGUACAUCUCAAAGGGGGAAAACUCGCAAGAGAAAAAUGAAUGGUAGUAAAAGAGGUAGGAAGGCUAAAAAAUCUUCAACAAGUGGAGCUGGAGCUGUUAAUGUGAAUCCAAGUUUUGAAGUGAAAUUGUCAAAAACUUAUGCCCUGCCCGAUGGCUAUAUGUUGAGGUUACCAAGUGAUUUUUCUCAAAAAUACUUGAACGGGUAUUAUGGGAGUGCAAGCAUUAGAGUUGGUGAGGACAUGGCUAUGGAAGUGACGCUGAGGUUUCAAGAUAUUGAUUAUAAUAGAACAUCCUUUAUAUCCGAUGGUUGGAAACCAGUUAUUCAAAAAUAUAACUUGCAAGUUGAUGAUAGAUGUGAAUUUAAGAUGAUACAACAACACCCACCUUCAUUCACUCUUACUAUUAAUGAAGCUGGAGGAAUGAUCUCUUCUUGUGAUAAUAAUAUUGGGAAGAGAAGAGCCAUUGAAGGAACUUCUAGGAGCUACCAUGUUCAAUCGAAUUUAGAAGGUCAUAUAAUCGAGAUUUGUGUGAGCUCUAACUACCCGUAUAUUGAUAGUGAGGUUUUUGAUCGACAUAGAGAAUGGCAUAACAAAGAUGUGCAGUUGAAAAUGGGACAAAAAUCGUGGUUUGUAACAGUGAAAUAUUAUGGGAAAACUUGUAAGUUCUAUAAAGGUUGGAGACCAUUUAAGAAAGAUUGCAAUCUGAAGAAUGGAGAUAGUUGUUUCCUCAAGUUGAUUGAUGAAGAAAAUUUACUGUUUGAAGUUUCAUUUGAAUGAAUGCACCACCACUAGUUGUUUCUUA